AGACUGUACGUCAUCAGCCGCGAUUCGCAAACUUCCUUUUCCCCUCCAGCUUUCAUUUCUGUUGAGUGGUUCAAACUGAUGUUUUCUGGCCAUUAUUUAUUGCAUUUAAGGAAGUAUGAACACACAACAACCCAGUGAAACAAACAGUUGUCAAGGUUUGACUCCGAGGGGAAACGACUCGAAGAAAGGAGCACUGAGGAGGUAUUUUAGUAACAUUUAGCCCAGGACGGCUAGUUCCCAGCAGCUACAGUGUACAAUGGUACUGACCUGUAAACAGCAUUUUCAGGACUCAGUAUAGUUCCCUACCAUGUGUUAUACUUUUUAUUGAUUCCCAUCAACAAUGAGUUUCACUAAAAAAAAAUGAAUAUUGUUUAGCCAAAUGAUAUCGUCCCCCUUAUUUUUAUGUGCGUUUUCCAAAUAAGAAAAAAGUCUAAGCAGACUACAAUGUACAUGUAUGAUCCCAAAUUCAAAAUGUUUGUGGUACUGUUAUAAGAUUUAAUGAACGAAAUGUGAUGGUUUGGAAAUCAUUGAAACCAUGUCUUUAACAAUAGGCAAAGACAAUAUCAAAUAUUGAACCUGAACAACUUGGAUAUGGGAGAAGCAUUUCUAAACCUUGAGGUGUUUUCCUUGUCUUUCUGCAACACUCUUCUUCACACCUCUUUGUUUUAGUGAAACAUUUCCGAUCUCUUACAAGUUUCUUUCCCUUCUCCACCAAGAACUCCAUUCUCAAAUGUCAAGAGAGUUCAUUCCAACUUCAAGUCACCUGUAAGUACUUCCUUCUUCCAUCUGCAACACUCACUUGAGUAUUAUGAUUAGUGCCUCAUGGCCUGUCCAUUCAGUUGUCAUCUUUGUCUGUUUUGCACAUCACAGCUUCAAGUAACUGAGAGUGCCAAAGUUAGUCCAGCAGAGGAGGUGGCAGAGCUGGAGAGAAGAAAAGAGCAACUGGACAAUGAGAUAGCACAGCUAGAGGCUGAGUGAGUACAGCUGUGUGUGUGUUUGACCUCAGUGGUAUGUGUUGAGUUUCAGUAUGUUGAUAACAUUGAUGAUCCAGUUAAUCAUUAGAGAUUGGGAAUCAAACCUGUUGCUAAUUUGUCUCUUUUGAAAGGGGUUUAAUGUUUUUAUUUGUGUCUGGUAAUGAGGAUUUUCUCAAAACUGCUUUUCUGCAUUAUAAGUGUGUGUGUCUGUGUGUGCUAUUUUCAGUGGAUACAGAGUAGAGGAGCUGGAGCAUCAUAUCGAUAUGCUGCAUGAAUACAAUGACAUUAAAGACAUUGCACAGUCACUACUUGGCCGCAUUGGUAAGAGAAAUACUUAUUUGGACAUUCAUAAUAUACUUUUUUGUUCUGUAUGUAAUAGCAAACAAAAAAAGCUUUAAUUUUCAGAAUAAAGUCACUUGACUAAACUGCACCAUAAUAUAUGUAAAGGAUCAUUUACAGUCAGCUGGUGGAUAUGUACAUUAGAAUCCUGAUUCCUGAAUGGGGUUAGGGUUCUUAUAUUCAUAACCCCUGGCUCACUUUGCAUUUUCUUGCUGAUUAUCCAGCUACCAUCUAAGAGUAUAAACUAGUUGACACAGAUGUUGAUUUCUAAAUGAUUUAUUUACAGCUAAAAAACAUGGUCAAAUCAGUUCACAUCAUGUAGCCCCCCUUAUAGCCACAAAUACUCAUCAGCCUCCUCAUGAGUUGACGAUUGAUUAAAUGUUGUAAUUCAUGAUCGAAUUAAAACUUUAUCCUGUUAACCUUUAGACACGGUUAGACGAGGUUAACAGGGUAAAGCUUCUGCAUGAAUAGUUAUGCUGACACUUCCUUCCUCAUUCGGCUCUUCUGCUUUUAGAGCUUUCCUGCUGACACACCUUACAACAUAAACAAAGGCAAAUGUUUCAACUCAAACCGUUGUCGCCAGAAACAUAAUGACUGAUGGUUUAAGUUACUUUGCACUGUCUGCUUUCAAUCAUGCACUCCAGAAAAUGCCUGGAGAAUUUUAGGAGUCACAGCAUCACCUGUCAGACAGAUAAAGAAAAAAAACAACAGAAUGAUCAGAACCAUGACUGGAUAAUUAGAUUAUGUAAAGGAGUAUUAAAAUGUGCCUGUACUUCUCAGACAAUGCAAAUGGAGAGGGUAGUGGUGUGAUAUGAAGUGAAUCUGCACUGAGACACACUUCUCCUAAAAUCUCAAAUAGAAGUUUCAUACUAGUGUACCAAAACAUGUCUAUUCUUUCUGAAAACAUGUUCGUAGCCUGAAAAUAUUAAUCAUUAAUACAAAUCACCCACCUCUGUUAUUGAUUCACAUUACUGCAGCAUUUUUAUAAUAAGGUUACAAAACUUAACAGAACACCAGCUACUUAACAAACAUCAACAUCCCCGUCAUUUGGAUUACAUUUGCAAACAGCUAUUCACAUGGUAGAGCACAGUUUCUUAGUGAUUGUUUAUGGGCGUGGUUUUCCUACUAGUAGACUAUAAUACAUCCUUCCUCCUCUUGUUGCCAUCUCCUUUUUUUUACCCAGGACAGACUGAGUUCAGUUACAUUUUCACCCGCAGAGACAUUUUCAACACUCUCUUAAGGGGCUAUUAGACACCAUAUACAAAAUAGUAUUGUGAGAUGAUAUUUAACACAAUGUCUUUGUUAGUGAUAUAGUGACCAAAGAAUACAAACAUCUAAAGGUUUGAUCACAUUUUUAAAAAUCAUUCAAAUGACUGAGUUGAGGUGGCCAUUAGAUUUACAUCAUGUAAGUGAAAAGUUGUAUUCAUCACUCUUUAUUUUUAUGGAUAUGCACAAUUUAAAAAUGAUAACUAACAUUGUUUUGUUUGUUUUCGAGACAUGAAUUUGAGUUGACACCAACAAGCUGAUAUGCAGCCCACAAAUCACAAGACAUUAGACCAGCUGAUCCUUUCUUGGUCUCAUGAAAAGAUUGUUUGAGAUUCCACAGCGGGCCACCAGAGGGCAGGAAAGCAGCAUUUCUUUCAAACUGCUGACUCAAAAGCCAAGACUAGACCUUUUCAACUUUGACAUUAUUUACAUAACACUGAUUAUAUUUCUUGGCGACGGACCCAAAAUGAUUUCACCCACUGUUGGAUGAAGUCUUUAAAUUUAGCUGCCAUAAAAUCAGGCCCCUCUCUUAUUUGGAGUCAGCUCGGUUAUAAAUAAAAGCAGCUGUUAGACGUUCCUUGGUUGUCUGCGGUGGCUAAUAUUUAUCAGCAUUUUUUUCACACACUAUACGAUGCCCAAAAUGUUGAUGUUAUUUGCACAACCUCUCUUUCUGGUCAUGAAUGUAAGAGUGUGGUGAUUUCAAGUGGCCUUGAGUAAUUUUCUGUGAAUGUACUGCAACGUCUUGAGGUUAAGUAAAUCUGGAGAAGUUCAAAUAUUUCACUCUGCCAGGGAGGCUUUAGUGAAUCACAGCCAAGUCACAUUGUGGUCUUAGAGUGUGUCACAACAAACAAGACUUUUCACCUACUUUGUCACUUGCUUGCGUGAGGUGAUAAAAAUACCUACAACAUAUAUAAAUUCCUAAAAUGCUCCAGUGUCAUUUAGAAAAGCUUUUGGGUUUGUCACUCUGAACAUUUGAGGGGGUUUAAAGCUCACUAUCUCUUGAACUCCUCCUCUCUCAGUACAGUGAACAGUCAGGAUGAUAAUGACCUCUUGGUGAAUGGAGCUGGCGUUUCCCCUCUGACACAAUAGCAGUCUUUCACAUCACUCAAACACACACUGGCACACACACAUACACAAUAUCCUGUCUGUCGUGCAGACGCAUGCAUGCAUGCACUCACACAUACACAGCUGUCAUAAACACACGUGCUGUUAUCCUCUCGCUCCUCUUAUGCCCUCAGCCUCACUCACUUUCUCUCCCACACACUUUUACAAUCAGGCUGCUCUUAAACACUAAGUUGCUGUUGUACUGUAUGCUCCCAUUUUGAGAGUGAGGAGAUGGGUGGGCAGCCUGGAGAGUGAGAGCAGACAAGAGAAGAUGCCCUGCAGUACCCUCUUGAGACAAAUGUCCCAUUGUCUCUUACCGUGUCCGUCUGUCUGUCUGCUAAGGUCACUGUCAUAUUUAUUCAAAGUGCCUGUAGACUGUAAAACUGUCUCUCGGUUAGAAUAUGUCUUGUCUAUAUAUGUCAGAAGGGAUAUUAUUGCCUUGACACAGUUUGUUAUCCAAGCACUAAUGGUUUAUACAAGUUAUUGUGAACAGAUCCUUUGUACUGUGUAUAAAAGGCGGAUAUUUCGAAGCUUUUUCCUGUUUGAAAAUUCAUUUUGACACAUUUGUCCACUGCAUUUCUUCCCAAACUAAAAUAUUGCCAAAUGUCAGAACAGAAUAAGUGCAGUUUCAAAUGCAUUAGUUUUACUGUAGCAUUUUAAACUACUAUGCUGUGUCUUUUCAUGUACAUGCCAUCUAUUUGGCACUGUGAUGUCUGUCUGUUCAGUGUUUUGGGGGGAUUGUUUGAAAUAUAGACCAGAGGGAGUUGACCCUGUAAUCUCGUAGAGGUCCCUAACCCCCUCUUUGCUAUUUCUUGCAGCUGCUCUGAGGGGGACCACCACACGAGAUCUCUACAGCCACUUUGGUCUGGAACUCGAUGACUGAAAGGGAAAACAGGGCAGGGGAAAGUGUAUGAAAAUGAAGUGGGGAGACUGGUUUUGCAGACCAAAUGGGGUGGGACAAACAGGGAUAGUCUUGAAUCUUUGUAUCUAAACCAUUUCCUUACAGCAACAGCAACAAAUUAGUCUAAGGUGACUUUUCUCUUGGCUUUUUGUUUGUCUUUGUUGUUCACGAUACACUGACUCCAGCGAUUCCAGGGAUUUGCUUUGUCCUGGUAUUCAGACUUAUUUGAAUGGAGUGGGGAAAAUGUAUGCAAAUCUGGUUAGAAAGAAAAGAGGGCAUGCUGGUGUGUAAAAUGUGUGUAUAUUGUACAAAAUAUUCUUGACAAUAGUCUUUAAUAAAUAUGUAACUCAACACAGCAGAUGAUGAGAUCCUGUGUUUAUAGUUACCUGCAAAUUCACAACGAAAACUGAAAAGUAGCUGCAGAUGAUUAAAAAAUGUAGGUUUUUAUAUUUAUUUCACUCUGGUUUCAGUAUCCAAAUAAAGAUAUUUUACGAAGUGAAA